GAGUAGAGUAGAAUAGAGUAGAGAGAGGGGGAGGGGGUGUUACUGUUUUUGUGGCGUGGUCUCGGCCCUAACAGGGACCGUUGUAAAUGAACCAAUACAUUGAUUUAUUUGUUGCACCUGGAAAAAAAGUGUCCCCGUGUUCUGCUUUACCUUCCGAGGGCACGGGUCGUUACAAUAUUUAUGAAUGUUUUCAGUACAAAGGUUUAGCCUCCAGGGUGAAUUAUUAUAUAUGUUGUUUGUUUGUAGCAGGUGAUGAUGAUCCAAACAUAUUAAGGGCAGAGAUGUCCUGUGGUCAUGCUGUAGAUCCAAAUUCAUUGACUGCUUGGUGCAGAAGUUUGCUAGACCAGGGACAUUACACGUUUACGUGCCCUGCAUUAAAGGAUAACAGCACAGAGAGUUGUGGAAAACUGUGGCCUUAUCAAGAGGUCCGGAGACUGGCAGUGCUAACUGAUGAAGAGCAGCAGAAUUUUGAGGAAAAGGUUGCCAGUUUAGCCGCUGCAAAAUACUGCGAAUUUAAAACGUGCCCAGGGUGUAUGACGUAUGUGGAGCGGAGGGACCUUGCCAAUUUGAGUGUUUGCUGCACCAUCUGCACCACUAAGAAAGCAAAAACAUAUGAGUUCUGCUGGCAGUGCAUGAAAGAGUGGAAAGGACUUCGUCCACGCUCUGACCGAUGUGACAAUGAAGGGUGUGCCAAUGAGCAACUUAAAGCACUACUGAACUGCCCUUUGAUUAGCUUGGCAGGAAGCAACACUAAGAAUUGCCCUUCCAUGCGAGCUUGUCCAACCUGUGGCAAUGUUGUAGAACACAAUCAGACAGGCUGCAAGAAUAUAAUAUGCAAUCGAUGCAAGGUUGAAUUUUGCUUUGCCUGUCUAGAGCUUACCCCUGUAUGCCAGGCAGCAAAGCCAAGCUCUUGGUUUUCUGUUUGUGCCAAAGAUAUUGCACCAAGGCAGACAUCGAUUCCUGUCUGGAACAGAGCAAACUGUUAAUGUAAACUUAACAGUAUAAAUGAGUAAGAAUGAAAGAUUUUGAGUCUGGUUUGGCUGCAAAAAAAUAAAUAUUUAGGUCAUUAGAGAUAGAUUUAGGAAAUGUUUUACAUCAAUACAAAAUGUAAGCUUUUAGUCUUUGUUUUUCCCUUGCUGAAUAUUAACCACAGUAAUAAUUUGUAAAAAAGAACAGUUUUAUUAUUGAAAUGCUUUUAUGGGAUUAAUUACCAUUUUAAAUAAAGACAUUGCUGUUAUUGGUAAUUGUUGUUUGUAUUGUUCCAGUGGUGUAAAAGAACCAGUUUCUAUGGGUGUGCAUCUACCAGUUGAGCUACAGUAUCGUUCAUUCAGCUGUCCUGCAGCUUCUGUUCUUGCGCUGCUUCUGCUGUUGUAUGUGAUCUAAUAUGAGAUUAUUUUAUAUGUAAUCAUUAACUAUGUAGUAAAUUACAUUACAAACACAUUCAUAGAUACAAGUACCUCCACUGUUUGUUUUCAAAUACACUUUCCAAAACGUUGGGAAGUUGUCUGUUUUGAGAAAAAACUUAUAUAAAACUUUAUAUUAUGUAAUAUAUACAUGGAUGCGUAUUGCGGUUUAUUUUUGUUUGACAUUGAAGUGCAAGUGAUUUUUGACAUGUUUGCUAAGCGGGGUUGAUAUGAACAUUUAAACGAACACACCUUAUAGACAUUCUCUAGCAUUCCUGUGGUUCACUGUGGGCAGUGUUUUCAACAAUACAGGUUAUUCCUCUGACUGCAAAUUCUGCCUUUCCCAGGAAACAGACAACCGCUUCAAUCACCUUCUCUUUACUGACCAAUCACGGCAGUAACAUACAAACCUGCCACCACUGCACAUUCUAUAUUACAGCUAUCAGCAUGACAUGAGAGUGGAUGACCCUGAUGUGCAUCAACAGCAUGGAGAGAACACUACAGAGUAAAACAUGGCGAUUAAUAGUUUUAUGAAAAUUGCAUAAGAGCAAGGUGUUAUUAGGUAAGCAAAUAAGGUAUUGCUGUGAAAUGUUAUUAAAAUAGCUGGUUUACCAUCUGUAAGAUACAUAUAAAGAUGUAAGUGUGACACACAGAUUGACAGACACCACCAUGCAUCCCCCACAAUCCGAUCCUCUAAAACCUUUUGAUAGUCGGUUUACAAAUGAGGAGUAUGCCAAGAUUCCCCAGGUACAUGUAGUUAAUUUCAGCAGCCUUCUUUCCUGUUUGUAUUUCAGGGUCGUGUAAUGGGCUUUGGUUCACCAUGUUCAAUGUUGACCAUUCACUUUUCGGUCAGCAUUACAGUGUUCGAGAUGUGACGUGUAUAAACGGAGAACCUGGUGCUGCUCAGGAUGUAAUACCAAUAAUAUACACUAGAGGGUAGUCUGCCCUAGUCAGUCCUACUCCAGGUCCUCUGCAGCAUCAGUUUUCCAGAUGCAAUUGUAAACUGUGCCAGUACUUAGUGGCA